AUGAAGUGCAUGCAGUUCUUAACCUAUUUUUUAGUUUUAAGUUUUAAUUAUAAUCGUAAUUUAUAUGUAGAAAGUGCGUCGACCACGGUGAAGGCAGAGUUAGAAUGUGAAUUCCCGCCUAAGAUGGAAGAAGACCUCACUCAUGUAAGGAGAAAAAGAUUAACCACAGAGACUGGGCUCGUGUGCCUGGAAGACUACCCGUAUACCGUAUCCGUGAGGCUGCACGGGAAGCAUUGGUGUGGUGGAGCUAUCGUCGGAAAGCUAUGGAUUCUUACUGCAGCACAAUGCUUCGAUUACGUAACAAAAGAAGAAGUAUCAGUUCGCAUGGGAUCGGUAUUCCGGGACUUCGGCGGCAGAAUACUAUCAGUCGUGGAGAUCAGACGACAUCCGGACUACAGGAUGGACCAGUACUAUCCCGAACAUAACCUGGCUAUGGUCAAAGUGAAUCUUCCGAUUACUCCAAACAGCAGGAUGCAGCCCGUAUCGCUGGCAAUCGCUGAUGCUGACCUACCCCCGUCGUUUGGGGAAACCGUGGUCACUGGAUAUGGUUCUGUGGUGACUGGACAAAUCCGCGAGGGCGAGAAUCAAGAGUUGCGGCGAAUGAUAGUACGAGAGGUGCCUAGAGCUGAAUGUCGGCUAAUCUACGGGAAUGACUAUCAUUUACAACAUGACAAUAUGUGUCUGCAGAGCGUCAUAAAAGGCGUUGCAUUGUGUGCUGGUGACACAGGUGACCCGGCGGUACAUUUUAGUGGACUGAACCGCGCUGGCACACUUUUCGGCAUAGCACUGUUUUCUGGUACUGAAGAAUGCGCCUACAAGUCGAAGCCAGGAGUCUUUGCUAAGGUAGCCUACAGCCGGUUAUGGAUUGACAAAGUUCUAGGAGAAGUUCCUGACCACGCGGAAAGCGCUGACAGUACAGAAAAUGUGAUCCCCCUCGAUAUGGAAUAAGAUUAAAUACUAUUUGAUAACAUGAAAUUAAAUUAAAGCAUUUACAUACAUAAAA